CUUUGGUCAAUAGACUCCAAUUGGUUCGUGAUUAUCCUCAAGCAGCCUAUCAUAUUCCAUAAGGAACCCAUCAGCUUGUUUUCUCAGAGCCUCUGUUUCAGCUCGUGCUCCUUUUAGUUCUUUUCCUUUGCUUUCACUUUCCGAUUCUAAUUUCCCGAUCUUCGACUUCAGAGCCGCGAUUUCUUCCCCAAAACCUCUAUUCUGUUUCUGCGCAGUUUCCAUUGUCUUCCUCAGUAACCGAAGCUCUCUGAUGUAAUUGUGUAGUCGAUCAAUCAUGAGUUUUUCCUAAAGAGUAAUCUAAGCUCCGAUCCACUAUUCCUAAUUUAUAUUUUUUUUUCGACUAGAGAGCUUGAAUUUGCUCUUCUUUUUUUUUUUUUUUUUGAGUUGUGUAAGCUGAAUCUAGAAAACCCAUGAAAUGCAAUCUUCUUUCUGUGUCUGAUUGGAUCGAGAAGUCGCCUGAGAUUUGAUGGAAGUGAAGCUUUUUUUCUCCGAGUUUCAUGGAGGUUGUUGUAGUCCCGUGUGGUUCAUGUUCUAGGCUCUUAGUCAAUCUCCAGCUACGAUUCGCCGCCGGUCUUGCCAUUUACGGGAUUUUGUUGAUAUUAUUGUGGUCCGGAGCUGCUGAUGCAAAAUCCAGGCAUCAUCAUCACAUACCUUUACAAGGUCUAGCAAGUGGAGUUGAUGGAGAAUCUUCUCAUUCGUGCAUCCAUGAUCAGAUCAUAGAACAGAGGAAGAGACCUGGUCGAAAAGUAUAUUCGGUUACUCCUCAAGUUUAUCACGAGCCAAGAAGUUCAGCAAAAUCCAAUCCUCAUAAAGGAAGGGUACUUCUCGGUGUUUCUGAGGAGCAAAAAGAUGUGAAACAACCUAUCAGGAUUUACUUAAACUAUGAUGCUGUUGGUCACUCACUUGACAGAGAUUGCCAAAGAGUUGGCGAUAUCGUGAAGUUGGGUGAGCCUCCUUCAAACAGUGUCCCUGCUGUUCCUGCUUGCAAUCCAAGUGUUAAGCCUCCAGUGUCCGGUGAUUGCUGGUAUAACUGCACUUUAGAUGACAUAUCUGGAGAGGACAAAAGGCAUCGCCUACGCAAGGCUUUAGGGCAGACUGCAGAUUGGUUCAGAAGAGCCUUAGCUGUUGAACCUGUGAAAGGAAAUUUGCGUUUAAGUGGAUACUCUGCAUGUGGGCAAGAUGGUGGUGUGCAGCUUCCUCGUGAAUAUGUCGAGGAGGGUAUUGCUGAUACUGAUUUAGUUCUGUUGGUGACUACAAGACCUACUACUGGUAAUACUCUUGCAUGGGCUGUAGCUUGCGAACGUGAUCAAUGGGGACGUGCAAUAGCUGGACAUGUCAAUGUUGCUCCCCGCCAUUUGACCUCGGAGUCUGGGACUUUGCUUUCAGCAACACUCAUUCAUGAGGUUAUGCAUGUCCUUGGCUUUGAUCCGCAUGCCUUUGCUCAUUUUAGAGAUGAAAGGAAAAGAAGACGGACUGAGGUCACUGAGCAACAGAUGGAUGAAAAGCUUGGUCGGAUAGUAACACGCGUAGUGCUUCCACGGGUUGUCAUACAUUCGCGGCAUCAUUACGGCGCAUUUUCUCAGAACUUCUCCGGUUUAGAACUUGAGGAUGGAGGAGGACGUGGCACAUCAGGAUCCCACUGGGAAAAGAGACUUCUCAUGAAUGAGAUAAUGACUGGGUCAGUAGACACAAGAUCAGUCGUUUCAAAAAUGACUUUAGCGCUAUUAGAGGACAGUGGCUGGUAUAAGGCUAAUUAUAGCAUGGCAGACCGUCUUGAUUGGGGGCGGAACCAGGGGACUCAGUUUGUCACAUCUCCAUGUAACAUGUGGAAAGGCGCCUACCAUUGUAACACAACCCAACUAUCUGGCUGUACAUACAACAGAGAGGCUGAAGGUUACUGCCCAAUUCUAAGCUAUAAUGGAGACUUGCCACAAUGGGCUCGUUACUUCCCACAGGCUAACAAAGGUGGUCAGUCUUCCUUGGCAGAUUAUUGCACAUAUUUUGUUGCCUAUUCAGAUGGGUCUUGUACGGAUAUCAAUAGUGCACGUGCACCUGACAGAAUGUUGGGUGAAGUGAGAGGGAGCGACUCCAGGUGUAUGGCCUCAUCUUUAGUGCGUACUGGGUUUGUUCGGGGUUCCAUGCCACAGGGGAAUGGUUGUUAUCAGCAUAGAUGUAAAAAUAAUUUGUUGGAGGUUGCAGUAGAGGGAGAAUGGAAAUUCUGCCCUCAAGAAGGUGGACCGAUUCAAUUUCCCGGUUUUAAUGGUGAAUUAAUUUGUCCGGCUUACCAUGAACUCUGCGGUACACUCGUAGUUUCUGUGGGUGGUGAGUGUCCUAGUUCUUGUAACUUUAAUGGAGAUUGUGUUGAUGGGAAGUGUCGUUGCCUUCUUGGUUAUCACGGUCAUGACUGUAAAAACCGUUCUUGCCCUAAUAAUUGCAAUGGACAUGGAAAAUGUACAACUCAAGGUGUAUGCAUCUGCGAAAAUGGAUUUACUGGAAUUGACUGUUCCACCGCCGUGUGUGACGAACAAUGCAGCCUACAUGGAGGAGUGUGUGAUAAUGGGGUUUGCGAAUUCCGUUGCUCUGAUUAUGCUGGCUACACAUGUCAAAACAGCUCUAAACUAGUUACAAGUUUAUUAGUGUGCAAGGAUGUGUUGGAGAGAGACUUAUCAGGGCAACAUUGUGCUCCAAGAGAGCCUAGCAUACUCCAACAGCUUGAGGAAGUCGUGGUCAUGCCAAACUACAAUAGGCUGUUUCCGGGCGGGGCUCGAAAGUUAUUUAACAUUUUCGGUAACAGCUAUUGUGAUGAAGCAGCGAAAAGACUAGCUUGUUGGAUAUCAAUCCAAAAGUGUGAUACCGAUGGAGACGAUAGAUUACGGGUAUGCCAUUCAGCAUGUCAGUCCUACAAUAUGGCGUGUGGGGCUUCCUUAGACUGCUCGGAUCAAACCCUUUUCAGUACCGUGGAAGAAAGCGAUGCAGAAUGUACCGGGUCAGGCUAUGUCAAAUCGCCAUGGUUUAGUCGUUUGUGGAGUAGAUUUGUAGCAAGUAACUAGGAACAAUUCUUGGGGGGGGAGGGAGGGGGGAUGAAAGAUUUGUGUGUACAACGUCGUUAGUGAGGAAGAGUUAUUAUUUCGAAGUGUAAUUUUUUCUAGGGUUUAUAUGGGCAAAAGAGCACGCAAUAUGUGAAAUCCCCUACCGUGUGGCAUAAGUUAGGGGUCUUGCUUUAGCCCACCUGAUAGGUGAAUUAGAGUGUCUUUGUCUGUCUUUCGAAUAAUAUGUAUUCGAAUAUCUAUUAUAUAGGAAGAUGAUUUAUAGGCCGAAGGCCUGUCAAGAAGAAAAAUAAAA